UUGUUCAUUAUCAUGGCGGAGGACGAGGAUGGUGUUUCGAAUAGAAAAUCACCUCAAAAUUCAAAUAAUACUGGGCCCUCUCAAAACAAUGAACAAAAUACGACGAAGCCAGACCUAGGAAUUGAAGAAGCCAAAUAUAAUAGCAACGAAAAUGGCGAUACCUCGCCUACAGAGCCACAAAGUUCAAGCAAGUCCACUGGAGCAAUGCGUAAGGAAGAGAACCCGUUCUCAUUUCGGCAUUUCCUGAAACGGGAUCUCUCGUUACCGGGCAACUCGACAUAUGAAAACACUGGUGCCCGACCGAAGGUUUAUGCGAAUACCGUGCAGCAUUCUCCAACGAAAGUGGACGUUCACGCCGAGUCGCGUCGCGAGAAGAGUCGUACAGACACUCAAGCCAAAGAAAAGAACGAUGUAAUCCAUCGUAUUAGUGAUAACGCGUCUUCAAGUAGUUCAGUAGAAAUACCUUUUAGUGUAGUGGACAAUUCGGAGUCUAAGCAUAAUUUUUACGCGGACAGCACCGACGUUCCGUUCUAUCAUCGGCCAAAUUUGGCCUCAGAGCCUUUAGGCAUGCCGUCUUUACCUGAUUUUGUUCAGGAUCAUAUUUUGGUGGAACAAGCAUACUUGAACUCGAAUGGACCAAUAUCUGUUGACUUGGACAAUUUACCAGACUUUACAUUUAAUACCAAUUUCAAUGCGGGGUCGUCUUCAUCUUUAGGAAGGAGGAAUAAUAGUAAUAGGGGUUAUGAUUAUGAGUCGUAUAUGGGAGCUGCGUCUACGUCCAAUGAGUCUGGUCCGUCCCGAGUGGUGCCGCUGGACUUGCCAGCAGGGGCGGAGGCUGCUGGUCCCAUUCCUCUGGACCUGCCUCCACACCUCAACCUGGACCUCACAGAGUCUGUGAACCCGGCAGACAGGAGGAACAAUUCACCAAGAAAUACUUUUCCACUUGACCUACCACAUAAUACUGGAGCUGAGUCGAUGCGGCUGCCGGACUUCCUACCUGUGCACCCUGGCAGGACAUCCCCUGAACCGGAACACCAAGAUGAACAAAUGAGGCAAAUUUGUGAGGAACUGGAGAGGACCAGAUCGGAGCUGUUCUCGGAGCGCAGCCGGCGCUCGCGGCUCGAGCGCGAGCUGGCGGCGGCGCGCGCGCAGGCUGAAAACGCUGGACGCGUCGCCGCGCAGCAAGCGGCGGAAGCGAGACGGAGCGAUGCGCGAGCGAGAGAGCAGAUGUUCACCCAACAAUUGGAUGCUGCGGCCUCCAGGCUCGAGAGCAAUCUCAGUGACACUGCGACGAGAGCCACGGACGCUGAGGCUACGGUAGCAAAACUGAAGAAUCAAAUAAAAAAAUUAAAGGAGGAGCUGUCGGGCGCGCAGCGCGACGGCCGCGAGCUGCGCGCGCGCGCGCGCGGCGCCGCGCUCGGCCUGCGUCGCGCCGCCGCGCGCGCCGAGUGUUCGCUCAGAGACUUAAUAUCCGGCCUGGAGCAACUACGUACUCUAAGCAAUAGCCUCGACCAAACAUGACUGCGAAACAAUAUACAAUAACCUGUUAGUGUAUGCGUGUCCUUGAUAUCAUGACUUGCUGGAUCACUUAUUUAUUUUUCGGUCGACGACGAGCUGGAUUUACACGAUCUAUGUACCUAUAAUGUCCAUGAAUCAAUUUUAAAUUAAGUAAUAAUUUUAAAUGCGUGUUUAUUCGCAGCAGCAAAAACACAAAUUCAGUGUUGCUACUAUUUAAAACAGAGUUAUGAAAGUUUAUACUUUUAUCGAUAUGUUUCUCUCAGAAUUGUCAUUUUUUUUUUGUUGAAAAAUUUUAUUUGAGUGAUCCAGUAACUUUAUAAGCUUUUAGAUGAUGAAAUAACUUACGGUGUAAAUUUAAACAAAAUGAAAAGAUUUAAAAAAUAUUUUUUAAUAUUUUUUUCUUAACAAUAAAUAUUUUAAAAAUAAGAAGCGAAGAUUUUCUUAAGCCUUUCCGUGCGUAAAGUUAAAAUCCAUCAUCUAAAUGGAAAUCUAUUAAAGUUCAUCUAUUUUUCAAUCGUAACAAGAUAUUUUAUUUUGUAUAAAAUGAAUAACAGACCAAAUAAUGACAUCUUUCCUAUUGUUUCAUUUUUUUAUCCUUAAAUAUGAUUGUUUUAUUUUUUUUGUAAAUAACGUAAUUUUUAUUUUUAAUCUAGAUAUAAUUUAUCAGAAUAAAAUAAGCAGGAUGCAAACAAAAAAAAAAAAGAAAAUGGCUUUAAAAUUUUGUUUUUCAAGACCAUAACUUCCAAAAUCCGAAAAAAAAAACUUCCUCAAUUUUGUCAUUGCUUGUUAUGUAACAUCAUCGUCCCGUCAUCAUCAUAAUUUCAGCUGCUAAAUCCAGUGCUGGACUUACACUCUGUAUAUAUAGAAGUAACUGUAUAUAUAUAGAAAUAAAUGUCGCGCCUGCUGUAUAAUCAAUUUUCAAACUUAAUCCCUUAAUUUAUAGUUUAAAAUCGCGAACUACGAAUAACAGAAGUAGCCAUUUUGUUUCACAUUUUGAACACUGUUUUUAUAAUUUACGCGGUUACAUUUAUUGUUUCAUGAAAAUGUUUGUUUAAUUUUUCAUGAAAUUGUCAUGUCUAAAAUAUCACAAAUAUUAUACUAUUUCGUAUCAUGAAAUAAAAAAAUAUGUAUUGUAGAAAUAAGGCAUUGCGAAAAUUGUCCCUAUGUAUUAGUGUAUUCAUAAAAAGCAUAUGCAUGCAGUAAUAUAAAACUGGCUAUAAUUAAUUUAUAAAAGUGACCAAAUUUUUAUAGUAUCGGAAGCGAAGAUUACUUUUUGCGUUUUUAUUUUGACCAGAUAAUGUUUACCAUAAUAUCAGAAUAUAUUCUUCUACAUCUGAAUUUUCUUUUUGUACUUCAAUGGCGCGCUUAUUAAGGCUAUAUAUAAAGCGAAUAUGAGAAACUGACGAUAAUAAAUUGUAUUAUAAAUAUUUACAUUUAAUUACGAAUAUAUUAAAUGGUAAACGUUACGUAUGUAAUGCCCCAAUUAUUCUCAGAAUGUAGUCGCUUUGUAUUGAUACGUUUUUGACGUUAAAAUGUAAGAUCGCGUUUCCACUGUCCACAAAAAUCUCUGCUUCAGUUUCUCAUUCAUAUAGUUCUCCCACUUUGUUCAAUACUAUCGCUAUCUCCUUCCUACGUAACAUGAAAAAAAUUGCAACUAUAUUGGAUUAAGAAAAAUAAAAAUACAUUGCAGAGCCAAAUCACUGGAAGCGCGAUCAGAGAAAAAAAUAUUUAUAAGCGACAUUCAUCAAUGUACGUCAGGAUAUGUAUCACAAAUAAAUAGGUAGCAGUUAAUUUGACGAAUUGACAUUUUUGUGUCUACUUAUAAUGUGUGCUUGUGUACAUAUCAUGCAAUUAUUGGUUGACGGCCGACAUUAUUGCCGGUUAGGACGUGAAUAUAAACGAAUCAAGUAUAAAUAAACUUAAGUCUUAGUGUAAAUAUCUUAGCAAACCCUCUAAUAAAAAACAUUUAAAUCUACUUCAUGAGUUCUGUUUUGUUGCUUCAUUGGUACAAUUUAAUAUAGGCAAAACAUAUUUUAACCAAUUAUUUUUCCAUAUGAGGAAUAAUCAAUGAAACAACGUUUUUAAUUUAUUGGCAAAAAGACAAUUGAUAGUUUUGGCUUUAGAUUCGAAUGAUUUAUCUCUUAUUUUUUUGGUUUACGAAGCCGAAUCUAGCCGGUUGUCUUUUUGUCAUUCUCGAUGGAUUGAUUUAUUGCACCAAUGUUUAACAUUUUGCAGAAUUGUAAUUACAUAUUAAACAAGCAGUCACUGACAGUCGUUUUUUUUAAUCAAAGGAAUAAAUAAACACACUUUAAUUAGUACACGAAUGUAAAAUAAUCUGAUUAGAAAAACGAAUAUAUGCGACUGCUUUAGAACGUCAUAUAUUGAAACGAAACAGUUUGUGUCAGAUUCAUAAUAGAAUUAUAAUUUAACAUUUAAAUUUUGACAGCUCAUCAACCAAUCAACCGAAGAGAUCUUUUGCUGUAAUUGGUUGAGACGAGAAACGUCAAUUUGACUUUCGUUUCCCAAUCUGUUCGAUCCAUGUUUUGGUUAAAAUGAUAAACUUUACGCGUGUGUAAAUAGCGCUUAAAUUGAAGUCACGAUUAACAAGCUUAAAAAGCGAUGUUGUGCGAAAAAUAUUGUUUAUUUUGGAGGGAAGGGAUCAAAUAAAUAUGGAAUAGGGUUAGAGGUUAGAAGUAUUUCAAUCGAGAAGAGUGUAUUUAUUUAUAAGACGUGUUUUAUUUUAUUGGAAUUGGUCUUAUACUUUAUACUAUGUCUAAUAAUUGUCAAGUUGAAAUACUUAAUUAGCAUAUUAAAUUGUGUGCGUUUAAAAUUUUUGAUUGUCGUAAUGAUACAUUGUAAAAUUUUCAAUGAGUGUAGCUUAGCUACUAUAUUUGAGAAUAUGACGCACACACUUGAUGUUCAUUAUUGACAACUUGAAGGACUUGAAGGUUAUGCGAAAUGAGGACAGAACGGAGUAAGACCUAUAUCUAAAAAAAUAAUUUUCGAUUCCAACGAACUAAAAAUGAUCGAUAUUUUUAAUGGUUCUGAACCGGAAAAUAUGUAGAUGCCAAUUUAAUAAAACAAAAUUAUUAUCUUUCAAAAAUACAGCAUGUUUAUAAACAAUUAAGGUUUAAAAUUGUGCAUCUCAAUUUAAACAAGAUCUGUCUCGUAAAUCCGGAAUUAUAACCGAUAAAGUAAUACAAGUAAUAGAAUCUGAGUUAAAGAAAACAAAGUUUUCAAUAAAUGACAAUAUAUUUUUUGUUAAUUUUGCUUUAGCGAAAAGAGCGAAUAUCUUCUUAUCAAUCAAUAUUUACACUUAGUAGCAUCGACUCGUCACAUUUUGUGGUAUCUCACUCAUUUCCAUUGUCCGAGCACACUCAGGGCGCCAGCUGAAAAUCGGCUGCUACUCCCGGUGGGUAGCGUUUAGCUGAGCUGUAGCCUAUUUGUACACUGUGACAUACGAAUGCAUGUCAAUUUUAUUAUAUGUUUAGUGUAGUUAGUUUUUUAUUAUUAUCAUUAUUAUGUAAAUUGUGUGUUACAGCAGAACAAAUAAUUAUCUAUCUAAAUUGUACCAUGCAUCUGAGCGAGAAAAAGCUAUAAUUUGUGCGUCAAAUAGUUGAUAAACCGAUUUAUACGGGCUAUCGCUGCGACGACUCGUGCACGCGGCAGUUUAACCCGCCUCAUCUUGUGUAUAGGUGACCCGCCUUAGACAAAGGAAACUGAAAAAUACGGGCGUAUCUAAAUGAGAUAGAAGUUGUUUAUAACUUCCCGGCCCAUCUCACACAAAGCGGCAGAUUGUAAAACCAGGCACACGGUAAGGGACAAAAGAUAUUAGCUCUUCGUCCCGUUUCUCGUGUAUAUCAAAUUAGCAUUUUUCUUAUAUUUGCGAAACGGAACAUAUGACGAUAUCUAUAGUUUAUUCGAUCCGCGCGUUCGUUCUAUCUCUUUCGCACGUAGGAUUUGUCACUGAUACGAGCACAACGCAGCGGGGACGCCUUUUAGGUUUGUGAAAACUAAACAUGAAUUACGAAUCUCUAGUUUUAUUUAACUAAAACUUUUAACGUCUAAAUAUUCUCUAUAUCUUUGUCUCAUGUACAGUAAGACAGAGAUAGCGUGAGGUAUAUUUGGACGUUAAUGUAUUGAGGGUUUUAAAUCCUCUGAAUAAUGUACAUCGUGUAAGAAAAGGGACAACACUUGUGUUUGACGUUAAAGUUUUGUUCAUGUACCAUUUUGUAUAAUAUGAAGGAAUAUGUAACUUAUGAUCGUAUGAUGUAAUAAAAUACAUUGAAUAUA